UGCCGGAACUUGGGGAUUAUUCUCCGCUAUUUUGGAAAAUUUUAUCCAAGGUCCGGGGAAACCCUAAUUUCAUCAUGCACUCACAAUGAUGAGUGAGUUUCAAGAUUUGAUCUUUGAAUCAUCUGUUAGUGUAUAAUUGGAGAAUUGGGAGGCUAAAUGUUGUCAAUAGUAUGAAGAGUGUGAGGAGGUGGUGGAAUUGGUGAAAUUUUGUUGAGAUGGAAUUGUGGAAGUGAGGAUUUAGUAGAGGUUUAAGAUCGUCAAAUGGAUUCUUUGGAUAUCAACACAAGAUUGCCUCCGAGAAAGCGUUUGCUAGCGGGACUUAGGAAGGAGAAUUCGGACUUUGAUUUCUCAAUACCUUCUAGCCGUUUAUUUGAUCGUCUUCGUAGUCUGGUGAAGUCAGGCAAUUCGUCUCCGGAGGAGAUCAUGGAGGCAUCCAAGUUGGCAGCUUCGGCAGCAGCUGAGGCUGCGGCUUUGGCCAAAGCUACUGCAUUGGAGAAAGCUGCUGCGGCUGUGAAGGCCAGGGAUGUUGCUAAGAAUGCCUUAGAAUUGUUGACUUGCAUUUCAGAGAACGAACUUGUGAAAAAGGGUUGUGUGAGUAGAAUGAAAUUAAAGAAGAAGCAUGUCCCCAUUAAGCUCUUGUACAAAAAUAAGCAGUUUGUGGGGAGUGGUGAAACUGAUGAAGAAUUAGCAAAGAGGUUGCAUCGUGCUAUUAAUAGCUCACCAAGGAUCACAAAUAAUUCUCAUAAGAAGCUUGAAGGUUUAGAUAAAGAUGGGAAGUUGUCUUCGGAUAAAUUAGAUGAUGAGACUAUUGUAGUGUCUAAUGCUCACAUCUUGCAAAAAGAAGAGGAAUCAAAUUACCUGAUGGGAAAUCCUGUUGGUAAGAAAGCCAAAAUCAAACGGCUAAGCCAGUGUGAUGUGAAAGAUCAGAGACCUAAAGAAAUGCUAGUAUCAAAUGUUAAGGUAUUAACUGAAGAAGAAAGAUUGAACUCUGAUGAGAAAAACUUACUUCUGACUGAUAUAGAAAAUUCAAAUGGAGUUGAGGUAUCCUCUAAAAUUUCAUCUAUGUGGCAGUGCAAGAAAUUGAAGGUGUCACAUUGUUCUUCAGAUGGGAAAAUUUUGCACUCUCUGUGUUCAAAUCCAACUGCAAGUAAGACUACUACUCUGGUUAAAGUGGAUUGAUGAGGAUUUUGGAUUUUGUUUCUUGAUUUUUUUUUUUCUUGGUGGCUUUUGAGCUUGCUCAUGUUAAUUUGCUGUGACAUUGCCUUAGUUUGUCCUUGUAAAAUUGCUAUCCACAAAUAAUGUUGGUUAUCUUACUAUCAUAUUUUGUUUUGUUAUAUGUAAAUAUAUUAUAUUGU